AUGGUGGAGGCGGCGCACGGGCAGACGUGGACGACGCGGCGGGGGAGCAAUCCGAGGUUUGAGCCAGAUCCGGUGAUCGACAUCCCAGGAACAACGCCUGGAGUAGGCGGUGGUGGCGGCGGCGGUGGCGGCGGUGGCGGCGGAGGGGGGAAGGCGGCGACGCCCCCGCCCUCGUUCCUCUCCCUCUUCUGCCCCACGUCGGCGGCGAUCUCCCCGAGCGUGACGACGGCGCUGAUCAUCGCGUCGUGGUACCUGUCGAACAUCGGCGUGCUGCUGCUGAACAAGUACCUGCUCAGCGUCUACGGGUACAGAUACCCCAUCUUCCUCACCACCAUCCACAUGGUGUCCUGCUCCCUGUACAGCCUCGCCGCUGUGAACUGGCUCGGCCUCGUCCCCCUGCAGCAGAUCUCCUCUCAGCGGCAGUUCCUCAAGAUCGCCGCCCUCUCCUCCAUCUUCUGCUUCUCCGUCGUCUGCGGCAACACCUCCCUCCGCUACAUUCCCGUCUCCUUUAACCAGGCCGUCGGCGCUACCACCCCAUUCUUCACCGCCAUCUUCGCCUUCCUCCUCACCUGCCGCCGCGAGCACCCCCUCGUCUACCUCGCUCUCCUCCCCGUCGUCCUUGGCAUCGUCGUCGCCAGCAACAGCGAGCCCCUUUUCCACCUCUUCGGCUUCCUCGUCUGCAUCGGCUCCACCGCCGGCCGGGCUCUCAAGUCCGUUGUCCAGGGCAUCAUCCUCACCUCCGAGGCGGAGCGCCUCAAUUCCAUGAACCUCCUCCUGUACAUGGCCCCCAUCGCCGCCGCCAUCCUGCUCCCAAUCUCGCUCUACGUCGAGGGCAACGUGGGCGCCAUCACUCUGGAGAAGGCGAGGUCCGACCCCAACAUCCUCCUGCUCCUCCUGGGGAAUGCCACCGUCGCCUACCUGGUCAACCUCACCAACUUCCUCGUCACCAAGCACACCAGUGCCCUCACCCUGCAAGUGCUCGGCAACGCCAAGGCCGCCGUCGCCGCCGUCGUGUCGGUGCUCAUUUUCCGGAACCCAGUCACCGUCAUGGGCAUGGCGGGCUUCGGCAUUACAGUCAUGGGCGUCGUGCUCUACAGCGAGGCAAGGAAGAGGUCCAAGUCCUGA